UUUUACGGGACAAGAGGAAUAAUAACAACAAAUUCAAGCAUUUAAGUCAAGAUUACUCAUGCGCCGUAGAGCCCCGUACUGUGCUACAACUACAAGGUGGAUCUGAAUUUGAAAAGAGGAUUAGCGUAACAGACCAAUUGAUUCUUCGGGUUUUAUCAGUUAAAUGUUUUGUUUGAAAAAAGACGAUUAGUAACCGGCGGAGUUAGAGGAAGAAGCGUGGGCUGUGCAACCCACUAUCAAAACGCCAUUUCACACUUAGACUACUUCAAGAUUGUGAUAGACUUCUUUCUUUCUUCCUUCCUUUCUUUCUUUCUGGUCAUGCUUUAUAUACUCUCUCUCUCUCUUUCUCUUUCUGUGUAUAUAUACACAUCCACAUACAUACAUAUACAUAAUAAAGUUUCACGAAUAAGCAAAAUAUACUUUUUUUUCCCAGAGAGUCACGGGCAGGCAAGAAGGCGUUUUGGGUGUUUUGUCCAAACAUUCUGAGCCCUUGUGUCAGUGGCCAUUUGAUGCCUCAAAGCAGAGGAAAAUGACAGCUAAAGAAUGGGUCUUGCUGCGUUUAGUGUUGAUUUUGGUCACUUUUCAGCACAUUCAUUGCGGCUCAGUUUCUUAUGACGGAAAAUCUCUCAUCAUCAAUGGCCAAAGAAGGAUUCUUGUUUCUGGGUCCAUUCAUUACCCAAGAAGCACUCCUGAGAUGUGGGAGGACCUCAUAGAGAAGGCCAAAGACGGUGGCUUGGACGCCAUUGAUACCUAUGUGUUCUGGAACAUCCAUGAACCCACACCUGGAAAUUAUGAUUUCGAGGGAAGAAACGAUUUAGUUCGAUUCGUAAAGCUAAUCCAGAAUGCGGGGAUGUUUGUGCAUCUCCGCAUUGGGCCUUUUAUCUGUGGAGAGUGGAAGUUUGGGGGGAUCCCUGUUUGGCUAAAAUAUGUCUCUGGUUCAACUUUCAGAUCCAAUAAUGAACCUUUCAAGAGGGCGAUGCAAGGUUUUGUCCAGAAAAUUGUUCAAAUGAUGAAAGAUGAAAACUUGUUCCAGUCACAAGGUGGUCCCAUCAUUCUCUCUCAGAUUGAGAAUGAGUAUGGCCUAGCAAGCAAGGCGUACGGGGCUGCGGGCCAUGAUUACAUGACUUGGGCUGCAACAAUGGCCGUCAAUCUUAAUACUGGUGUCCCAUGGGUUAUGUGUAAGGAAGAUGAUGCGCCGGAUCCGGUGAUAAAUACUUGUAACGGGUUUUAUUGUGAUUAUUUUACCCCUAACAAACCUUACAAGCCCAUAAUGUGGACAGAGGCAUGGAGUGGCUGGUUUGAAGAGUUUGGAUCCGCGAUUCACCAUAGGCCAGUUGAAGACCUGGCCUUUGCAGUGGCCCGGUUCAUCCAAAAAGGAGGCUCCUUUGUAAACUAUUACAUGUAUCACGGUGGAACCAAUUUUGGGAGAACCGCCGGAGGCCCUUUUCUUACCACCAGCUAUGAUUAUGAUGCUCCCAUUGAUGAAUACGGUUUAACUAGACAGCCAAAGUAUGACCAUUUGAAGGAAUUUCACAAGGCUAUUAAGCUAAGUGAGAGAGCUUUAGUUAAUGCUAAUCAAACUGUCAUACAAUUAGGAAGCUACCAAGAGGCACACAUAUUUAGUUCCACGUCCGGAGGUUGUGCUGCUUUUCUAUCAAACUUCCACUUGAAUUCGUCAGCCACUGUGACAUUCAAUAACAUGCACUAUCAGCUUCCACCUUGGUCAGCCAGCAUUCUUCCGGAUUGCAAAAAUGCUGUUUUUAACACUGCCAUGGUUGGAGUGAAGACAUCUGAGGUGCAAAUGUUGCCUGCUGAUAUGCCUACACUCUCCUGGGAAACAUUCACCGAAGACAUAUCUAAUUUGGAUACUGAUUCAAAGCUUACCGUUAAUCGUCUGUUGGAGCAAUUAGAUGUCACCAGGGAUAGCAGUGAUUACCUUUGGUAUAUCACCAGUGUUGAGAUAAGUUCAAACGGAGGCCAACAACCGGUUCUUGCAGUGAACUCUGCGGGCCAUGCACUACAUGUCUUCAUCAACGGGAAAUAUUCAGGGUCAGCUCAUGGAACAAAAGAACACCCACAGUUCACAUUUACAGCAAGAGUGAGCCUGCAGCCUGGAGUGAACAAAAUUUCUCUGCUCAGUGUAGCUAUUGGAUUGUGGAACGACGGUCCACAUUAUGAGACAAGCAAGACAGGAAUCGUAGGACCUGUGGGACUGCACGGAUUAGACAAUGUGGGAUCAUUAGACUUAUCUACACAGAAAUGGUCGUAUCAGGUCGGGCUGCAAGGCGAAGCCAUGAACUUGGUUUCACCGACAGGAACAUCAUCUGUUCAUUGGGUUGAAGGGUCCCUACAGGUGGCACAACCGCAGCCUCUGACAUGGUACAAGUCUUAUUUCAAUAGCCCCGGAGGAAAUGAGCCGUUGGGAUUGGACAUGGGCAGUAUGGUGAAGGGUGAAGUAUGGAUCAAUGGCCAAAGCAUUGGUAGGUAUUGGACAAUCACAGCAGCUGGGGACUGUGAGCCAUGCCGGUAUGAAGGGGCAUACAGAUCACCAAAGUGCCAGUCUGGCUGCGGCCAGCCUACUCAGCGAUGGUAUCACGUUCCUCGUUCCUGGCUAAAACCGACAGGGAACGUGGUGGUUGUUUUUGAGGAGAUAGGCGGAGAUGCAUCAAGAAUCUCUUUCGUUAAAAGAACGCUCGCUUAAUUGUAGAGAUGAUAAUCAAUGUUAGGCUAGUUCAGUUCAUUUCUUAUGCAGCUCGCCAUUGUUUUUCAUUACACGCCUUCAAGGUGGGUAUAUUUGUACAGAUAGGAUAGAAUCACCACACACACACACACACACACACACACACACACACCUGAAAAUGAUUGUUUAUACAUGUAUAUAGUACUAUCUCCUUUUCGUUACUUGUUUUGAUACAAUAAUGUUGUUACGUCAACUCUUGUUUUAUAGAAUAUGUAAUACAAUAUAUAAAAUCGG